UGCCAGGCCAGUCCAUCCGCAUCUUGAUCUUCCUCGACAUGCCACGACCUGCUUCCUUUCUUUCUCGACACCUCAGACCGACCCAGCUGAUGGCGCAGUCUCUUCGAAGGGUGUCUGCUGUCAUCUGUGAUAGUUGGAAAAGAUUCCUUUCUUGCAGUCACACGAUAGCGACUUCCUCGUGGUUGAAUGUCCUGCUCGUGAUUGUACCUCUGGCCAUUACAAGCUACUUCGUCCAUGCAAACCCCGUAAUAGUCUUCAGCUCAAAUGUCAUUGCUGUCAUCCCUUUGUCCUCCUUGCUCACAUAUGCCACCGAAAACAUCUCGAGAGAGUCUGGGGAUGCCGAUUGGGGCCUUGGUGAACGUGACGUUUGGAAAUCUGGUUGAAAUUGUUCUUUUUAUGUAAGACUAGACGGAUACAUCUGGCUUCUCCAGGCUCAUAGACUUCUACAGAGCUGCUCUCUAUCACAAUCAAUUCGAAGUGGUGCAGGCUUCCAUUCUGGGCUCGAUCCUGGUCAACCUCUUGCUCAUACUCGGAAUGGCAAUUUUGGCAGGCAGUCUUCACAAUCAUGAACAAGACCAUGACAAAGAAGAAGCACAAGGCCUUGCCUGCCUCCUUAGCGUGUCAGUAUUCAGUCUUUUAAUACCUAAUGCUUUCUACCACACGUUCGACGAUGACAAAACUGCGAAAGUGGCUGUGCUGAUACUGAGUCGUGUAUCCUCAUUUACUUUAUUAGUCAUCUACCUCCUCUAUAUCUUCUUCCAGGUCAGAAAACCAUCUUCGACAACUGCCUUGAAUGACCCGCCUCCUUUUUUGCCAGCCAGGACGUCUCAUGAUAGCCGGGGUAGAGAAUCCUCGACACCUUGCAUCCUUCCUCGAUCCAUACGCUUUGAGGAUGAAGAAAUGGUAGACUAUCAUCUGUCGACUGGCGAUCUGCGAAGAGACAGCGUGGAGCUAGCACCGAUCGCAGGUCCUAAUGAAGCCAAUACUUCCUUUGAUGAGGACGAAAGCCGGUGGCACACUCGGAAUCGACCCGAUGAAGAAUCUCAAGCGCUUCUGAGCCAAGCACGAAACACGCAUGGUGACAAAAAGACAUUAUCAGCACAGUCCAUCUAUCAUCAACACCAACGUUACCGAUCACAGUCGAGAGAUUCUCAUCGCAGCCACAGUCAAACAUCUGAUCAUCAACGACACUCUACCUCGAACCUGCCUCGAUUUCUCCUCGGCAAUAACCCCUCGACCAACGAUCUCCCGGGCAGUGUUGAAGCAUUACCCGAGAUGAGUCCCGUUAUUGGCCGCAAGACAUCAAUCUUACUCCUUAUUGUGUCGUCACUUCUUGUGGCAAUUUGUGCAGAACUGCUGGUGAAUACUCUUGAUGAAAUGAUCUCCUCAGGACCGUUUUCUCAAGCAUUCAUCGGCCUGAUAAUCCUCCCUAUAGCCGGCAACUGUGCUGAACUGCUGACCGCCAUCAUUGUCGCCGCAAGGGGCAAUUUCGAUCUAGCGAUUGGUGUAUCUGUCGGUUCAUCGGUCCAGAUAUCCCUGUUCGUGACGCCACUUGUCAUACUGUGCGGUUGGGCCAUGCAAAAGGACAUGACGAUGUACUUUGGGCUUUUCGAGAUUGUGGCGUUGUUUGCCACUACAUUCUUGGUGAAUUGUUUGAUCCUCAACUCAAGAACCAAUGCUUUGGAGGGAAGCAUAUUGUGUGCAUGCUAUUUCAUUAUAGCAGUCGGGGCAUUUCUCGUUCCCACGCCUCAGAACUAAGUCGAGACCGCGACACUCACCUGGAGACUAAUGUCAGACAAUUGGCACCGGUCUCGCCGAUUCGAGCGUGACUUUGGAAUAUCUGGAGACCACAGAUGCUAUUAUGCAAGAAUGCCGACUCUCGCUGUGCUGUCCAACAAAAAUACGCUUCCGUUGCGCUGGACUGUCCGCAACACUCUUUAUGCUGCAGAGGGCAGUCAGCAGGAGUUAGAGCUGGCCUGCAUCCCGAGCCCAGAAGUAUAUGUCCGGCUGC